AGAAUAUCGCUGUUGCUAGGAUACGGUACACUCUAGCAAAGUCAGCCGCUCCGUCCGCCAGUUGGAGUCCGUUUCGCGGGGUUUUACACAUUUCUGGAGCUUUUGUGACGCUAUUAUUGACUUUUUGGACAUUUCUGCCACUUUCUUGACGCUUUUUGAGACGUUUUGACGGUUGUUUGGACAUAUUUGAGCGGUUUUGGGGCGUAUGGAGAUCGUCCAUGUGUACACGAGGCUCCGCGGGGAGUUCGGCCGGCAGUGCCUCUUCUCUGACCGGCCUGCCGAGCUGCUGGUGGACGUCCCUCCGGACCCGAGGCUGGCUCAGGACUUCAUCCAGAAAAACCCCCGAGACCAGGCCCUGCAGGCCUGCCGGGACAUGUCGGAGCACCAGGUGAACACGGAGCGCUUUGAGUCUGACAGCUGUGGGAUAAACCAUGUGGAGGGGGGGUGGCCCAAAGACAUCAACCCUCAGGAGAUGGAGCAGACCAUCCGCUACAGGAAGAAGGUGGAGAAGGAUGAGAGCUACGUCAACAGCCUGCUGACGCUGGGCAGCGUGAUGGAGCACUGCAUCCGGCAGAACAACGCCGUGGACAUCUACCAGGAGUACUUUGAGGACGAGGACGAGGUGGAGGAGAGCCCAGAGCCGCCGUCCGCCAAAACCAUCAACGUCUUCAGAGAUCCUAACGAGGUGAAGCGUACUGUGAGCUGUCUGUCGUGGCAUCCUGAUGGAGGGAAGCUGGCGGCGGCCUACUCCUGCCUCCAGUUCCAGAGAAGCUCCAGAGACAUGAGCCUGGACUCCUACAUCUGGGACAUCGAGAACCCUAACCGGCCAGAGCUGACCCUGAAGCCGGCGUCCCCCCUCGUCUGUCUGGAGUAUAACCCCAAAGACUCACACACUCUGGUGGGAGGGGCCUACAAUGGACAGAUAGCGUACUGGGACACCCGGAGAGGCAGCCAGCCUGUGGAGACGUCGUCUGUGGAGCAGAGUCACAGAGACCCCGUCUACAAGAUCAUCUGGCUGCAGUCCAAGACGGGGACAGACGUCUUCUCAGCCUCCACAGACGGACAGGUUCUGUGGUGGGACGUGCGGCGUCUGUCAGAGCCCACUGAGCGUCUGGUUCUGGACCUGAGCCGAGAGGGAAACCUGGACCGAGCGCUAGGAGCCGUCUCUCUGGAGUUUGAGUCCACCAUGCCCACUAAGUUCCUGGUGGGGACGGAGCAGGGUGUAGUCGUGUCCUGUAACAGGAAGGCAAAGACUCCGGCGGAGAAGAUCGUGUGCUCGUACGACGGUCACCACGGACCGGUCUACGCCCUGCAGAGGAACCCCUUCUUCCCCAAAAACUUCCUGACCGUGGGGGACUGGACCGCCCGCAUCUGGUCCGAGGACAUCAGGGACUCAGCCAUCAUGUGGACCAAGUACCAGACCUCCUACCUGAUGGACGCCUGCUGGAGUCCGGUGCGUCCCUCUGUCUUCUUCACGGUGAAGAUGGACGGCGUGUUGGACGUCUGGGACAUCCUGUUCAAACAGAACGACCCCACGCUCAGUCUCAAGGUGUGUGACGAGGCCCUCUACAGCCUCCGUCUCCAGGACAACGGGCGCUUGGUGGCGUGCGGCUCCCAGCAGGGCGGGGCCACGCUGCUGGAGAUCAGCUCCGGUCUGUCCACGCUGCAGAAGAACGACAAGAGCCUGCUGGCCGCGAUGUUUGAGCGGGAGACGAAGCGAGAGAAGGUUCUGGAGGCCCGGCAGAGAGAGAUCCGUCUGAAGGAGCGGAGCCGCUCGGAGCAGAGCCGUGAGGGCGAGCCCGGCCGCGAGGACGCCGACCACGGUCCUGAUCAGCUGAUCGCCAAGGCCCAGGAAGACUUCUACGUCGUCACGGAGAUGGAGCGCCGCAGGAGGGACGCUAACCAGGAGAAAGACGUCUGUGAAGAAAAGGAAGUGAGAGAAGAAGAAACUUCAGGAACUGGACCGUCUCAGUGAGGAAGACCUUCUUCUUCUUCUUCUUGUUCUUUAUUGUUCAUCAACACUGU